AUGGAGGAGAGCGUAAUUGAUGAGGAGCAGCAAGGUGUGCAAGGAGAGGAGCUAAAUGGAGGAAGCGCGAUGGUGAAGGCGUCGGCUACCUCGGGCCAAGCGGAUUGGGAGACUUGGCAUCUGCGACUCGCACACGUGGCUGUUUCUACAUUGGAGGUGACGCACAAGGAGAAGUGCAUGCAUGGGCUGCAACUGCAAGGAGAUAGCGCUCACUAUGGCAGCUACGAGGCGUGCAUGCAAAACAAGUUUGCGCGGUUCCCGUUUCCACGUGCAGAGGGAUCAGCUAAGGCGCCACUGGAGGUGCUGCACAUGGACCUGAUGGGUCCUAUGAGGACUGAGGGGACUGGGGGAGUGCUGUACUUCCUCACCAUGGUGGACGAAUGGAGCCGUUUCACGUGGGCACGUCCCUUGUCCAAGAAGAGCGAUGCUACAGCGACGAUCAAGGAGGAUUGGUUGCCAAUGGUGGAGCGGCAAGUGAUGCGGAUGGUGAAGGUGCUGAGGAGUGACCGGGGUGGAGAGUUCCUUGGAGCAGAAUUUACCAAGUUUCUCAAGAAGAACGACAUUCGUCACCAGCUGACUUGCCCAGGAACACCGCAGCAGAACGACAAUGCUGAGCUUGCCAAUCGGACCAUUGGCGAGGCGGCUAAGACCCUAUUGGGGGCUGAGAAGAAGCACAAGCAGGAAGUUGCUGCUGUGUGGGCUGUCCAUCUUGUGAUGGCUCCUGACUCGAAGGGGUGGCUGAUGUGGGACCCCAAGAGCAAGAAGACGCUGGUCAGCCAUGACGUCAAGUUUGUGGAGGACGUCAUGUACAAGGACUGGCAGCAGCAGCAGUAG